UAUAAUCCAAGCCUGGUGUAUCGUUGUGCCCCAGACACGGAACAGUUCGCUCGACUGUGGCUCAGGGCAGGAGUAUCACGAAAGGCUUGCACCUCAAGUACGCUAGGCACGGCAGCGGUAACAGUUAUUACAAACUUCAAUUACCGCCGUCGUCCUCGGGGCCAGAUGCUUGCCAGUCAGAUGGGGCACGAUAGAUGCUUGCCAACCGUGGUGUAGAGUGGUGGUGUACGUUUGAUCGUCCGUUGAUCGCGACCCUAGCGAGCGCGCGUAUUGGCAAGGCGAAUGUGAUAGUCCACACUCAUCUUCAUCUACAGCUCACCGAUGCGAAUGUGAUUUCAGUUAUGCCUGUGUUGAAGUAGUAGUCGUUUAGGCCCUGCAGUACUCGCCGAAAAGAUUACACACGUGAGAAAACAGAAGGAAGUAAAAGUGAUUGAGUGAAAUUGUUGGUGUACCAGUGUAGUGUGAAACGAGUUUCCCCUCUUGGGCUGCGUUAUAAGGAACGCAUACAAACGUUCCUUCCGUUUGUCUGGAGGAAGUUGAAAGUGAAAAAUUGUGGCUUGCAGACCAGCAAGCAUUUGAAGAACUUGCCACGCAUACGGUAAAAUACAAAAUGUUAGCAUCCAAAGGAAAACCUUUCUCGUUCGACCAAACCGAGCUUAAUCCAUCUCGGAAUAAGCCGUCUAUUCGACGAACAAUAAUGGAUGUGAUAGUGUUUCUGCUAACAUCGCUAGGAUAUAUAUUACAGGCAUUUUACUAUCAAAUAUUUGGCGUGCCAAAGAAAGACUUGAAUGGAGAGAUAGCAUUAGUAACCGGCGGCGGAGGUGGCCUUGGAAGGUUGCUAGCCCUUCGACUCAUUAAGCUUGGCGCCAAAGUUGUGCUGUGGGACAUAAAUCAAGAAGGGCUGGAUGACUCCGUAAAGCUGAUCCAAUCUCUAGGAGGCCUCUGCAAAGGUUACAAAGUGGACAUCUCGAACAAGGAAGAGGUGUAUAAAUAUGCGAAAAUUAUACAGGAAGAGAUUGGCGAUGUAACUUUAUUAUUUAACAAUGCCGGAGUCGUUUCUGGACGUGCCCUUUUAGAUACACCUGAUCAUUUGAUAGAGCGAUCCUUUAGCGUCAAUGUACUGGCACAUUUCUGGACGACAAAAGCAUUCCUACCAGCAAUGCUGAAAAACGAUCAUGGACAUAUCAUAACGAUUGCCUCUCUUGCCGGCCAUGUUGGUAUAUCAAAGUUGGUAGAUUACUGUUCCAGUAAAUUUGCAGCGGUUGGUUUUGAUGAAGCGUUACGAUUGGAACUUGAGCAUCUCCGAGCGCAGGGUGUGUUUACGACAGUCAUUUGCCCGUACUUCAUACAGUCUACUGGAAUGUUUGACGACGUUAACUCAAGGUGGGUCCCUACACUAGAUUCAAAUGAUGUGGCCGAUAAAAUCAUCGAAGGUGUCCAGAAAAAUGAGAAAUAUGUUAUUAUACCUGGUUAUUUACGCUUGAUGUUGGCCAUCAAAUGGAUGUUUCCUUGGGGAUGUAAUUCUGGAUUCUUGCGACGGUUGGUGCCGGAUGCUGCUCCGCAACAUACUAUAACGCCGUUAAAUAAUUCAGAAUGCGAUAAUACAAAAGAUAUUUCUAAUUCAUUUGCCAGAGAUAACAAUAACACCACUAAAUCGACGCCUCUUUUGGUCCACCGACAAUGCACUGGUGAACGUGUGCUAUAAUCAUGUAAAAAUAACGCGAAUGCUUUACGAUAAAAUAUAGCCAGAUUAAAAGAAAACUGUGUACUUUAACGCUCAAAUCUAGAGCGAGAUGUAUGUAUGUGUUAGCCAUUAUAGAAUUGAUUCAAUUAAUUAGUUAACGAUACCAGGCCCUUCUGGACAACGUCGGUAGUGAAGAAGAGAAAAAGGAUGUAAAACAUUGGUUUAAUUAGGAAAACAAAUAUGGUAAUACUACUGAUUAAUUGGUGAAAAGUAUACGCCGGAUAAAGAUGCAAUAUUUGUAUAAUUACAAAUGGGCAAAAGGAAUUUCAGUUAAGUACGGGUAUGCAUCGUUCUUGCCCUGUUGUUAAUGUUAGAACUGUUUUAGCAGCGUCUAGCUUAGCCGGUCUUGUUCGAUUUAGUAAUACAGUUUACAGAAUGGUUGCCUCGUACAUUCAGUUCAGCUAUUGCAAUAAACAUGGGUGAAUUAAAACAUGA